AUGGCAACGAAGGGACCACUUACGGAGGACAACCAAUUCACGACACUCUUGACCAACGGCACUCUCACGCUCGAAUAUAUCGCCAAUCGUCUCGCUGCUGAACAACAAUCCAUGUCCUCCUCAUUAUCCACACCCACAGUCCUGGCCGCGACUAGCUCGACGAAUCCUUUCCAGAGGAAACCCCGUGCCGUAGAGCUGUAUCCUGCUCAGCGCGAGCAUCUUCGAGGCGGGAUGUGUGGUGGUCGUGGAGAGGUUCGAGCGAUGUUCGUCUUCGUCGAGGAAGAGAGAAAAAUCGCCCUCUCGGGCCACGGCGGAACCGGAUCGGAGCUCCGGAACCUCUCCGCCACCUCAAUCCAAAGCGCUCAUCGCCUCGCCACAUCGCGUCGUCCCAACCUCCGACCAUCUUUCUUCGCCUUCGCUCGCUGCUGCUCUCCUCCCCCAAAUCAAUCAACACCACCACCAUGCACGCCAAAACAAUGCGCACACCAAACGCUCAGAGUCAGUUUGCACGACGUCCGACCCUGUUUCGAUUGGCACUCGAGGCGUAGGUCGAACGCUUUGUGCAUCGCCCCCUUCCUCCUCUCUGGGACCUCGCCAUCUAUCCUCCCAUACUUUCCUGCACGCCCACCCCCAACCGAACCGCAAUGUUACGAAACAACGCUAGGUCUCUCCGGCCACUUAACCCCCCGGUCCGUCCACCUCGAGCCCUUCCAUCCGCCCAUCGGCCUCAAUGCCGCCUUCUGCGCCCCCCACGUCGGGACGCUCAUCAUGAAGGAGAACAUAUGGAGCUUUAGUGGGGACGAUUUUAGUAUUCAGAAGUCGGUGGGGCAGGAUGUGGUGAGGUGUCAUGGUCAGGCUUUUAGUUGGCGGGAUCGUAAGGUGGUCGCGUUCCAUAAUACACAGUUGAUCGACGCUACGGACGGCACUGAUCUUUGUACGGUCAAGAAGAAGUUCUCUAUCGGCUCCUUUCGCAUGAUCGGCUUCUUCGAUAACCCCGCCUCCGCGAACGCGUCCUCCUCCUCGCACGACCUCAUCGGGCUCGAAUGUGAAGGAGACUGCACUGCCAUAUCCGCCGUUCCUGCACGACCCUUCGAUUUUGUUUCCGAGAUAUAUGCACCAUUCUUUGUUAUUACCCCUCGCUAUCGUCUUUCAUCCUUCGCACCUUCAUCCUUCAUCCUUCAUCCUUCGUAG